AUGUCUCAAGUUGCAUCGCCAGUUGCGGUCCGUCCGCGUCUGCAAACUGAGCCUAGCAAGUUGAUGCCGGGCUCCAUUGUGAGUGAGAUGGAUCCGCUCAUUUCUGCGUUUCACUCGCCCGCCACUGCGGCGAGCGAUGCAAGGCAGUCUUCCACGCAGAGCUUGCAAACGCCCAUCGAUCGCCGCGAGAAUGUCUCACCUAUGCGGUUGCCACCUUCAGAUUCGGUCGACGCUGAGAGGCAUGGAGCGCUGGGAAAUCAAGCGGUAGAGAAGGGCGAGGCUCGGGCUAAGCCAGCGCGACCAGAAGUUCUGAUCGUGGUCCAGCCAAGCCUCAAAAAGCAGCAGCAGCACCCCUAUAACCUGCAAAUCCAGUUACUGAGCCCCAGUGUACACGCGAACGCAAGUGCAGGCGCAGGGGAACAGAAACAAGCAGAAAGCGGCGGGUCCCAGAGCAACUCGCAUGCAGGCACUUCCGAGAACGGCCGUUCCUGCAGCAGGACAAACUCCAUCUCCUCCUCAAAAUCGGGCCACUCGGGCAUUUCUGACAUCUCACUCAACUCUGGUGGCCAUAGCUCGCGUCGUACGAUCCCCUUGUACACCCUCGACUUUCACUCGAUCCGCGCCUCGCACAUGGUGGAUGCGGGAACGGAUCAACAAGUCGCAAAAUUUUCACGUCGCGGGAUCGAAAUUGCCGACUUCGGCGUGCUACAGCCCGUCGAAAUCGUGUACAUGGAUCGUGGCCAAAAAAUGAGUCGUGCCGUUACCUCAGAAGACGAGCUGCACACGGACCAUGGCCAAGAAUCUAGUAGUGAGAUGGCGCAUGGCGCACAUGAAGGUGACGAGCACCGCAAAAAGCUGCGCGUCAAGUUUAUUCGCGGCAUCCGGCGGUUUGGCGACCAUUUGCGCCAGCACAAUGAACAUGUGCGACAAGAUGAGGAUCAUGUCGCGCAAACGAGUUCGUUGAGCAGUAUUCCCUUGGACAGGAGCGGCACUUUGGACCAGGCCGCUGCGGAGAACUAUGCAAAACAGAAUCGCCCAGCCUCGCAUAUCGUGUCGCAUCUUUCUCCUGGCGCCGGUGUUGCCCAUGGAAAGCUGACGACCGCAUACCAUUGGAAAAUCAAGCGCCUUGACCGCCGUGUCGACACGGAGAAGCUCAUGCAGAUAAACGUGCCCAAGCCUCUGCUAGAUACUGCCGUGAGCAUGAAUGGCGGCGAGCUAGACGAGGAAGUGCUGAAACAUUUGGUCUCGCAUUUGAUCCUCACCAAUGUAUGGACGCAUUUUAAUGUGCACAACCGGAUGGGCGCGGCCGUGAAGCACCUUGAUCCGCACACAAUCAACCCCCACUUUGAGUGGGUCAGGGAUGUGGAGCUUCCCGAUGCUGAAGAGGAUACAAAUGAUGUGCGAUUGCGCGACACAAGCACCAAGGUGCGCUCCGCAAGCGCCGAUUUGGGCGAUUCCGAUAGGUUCUCCUAUGCCAGUUGGACAUGCUACAUUGUACUUGACACAGAUACGCGUAUCCCGAUUGGCCAGCUAAAACCUGCACCGCACCAUCCUCUGGUCGUGUGUCAAUUGGCGCUCCCAAAUCCGCUCCCUGACCUGCGUUUCAGCGGUAUUGGCAUUGACAGUCUUGGAUUUUCGCGCGAAGAGCUACGUGAUAUUGUCGUGGUUACUGCCACACACCUUGCGAUACGUGAAUCACUGGGAAGCUUGCACAAGAUGUAA